AUGUCUCUGUGUGAGGUCUUAGCAUCUACACUGUCGGACGACAGUCCCCAUAAGAUGGGAGCAGGAGCUUGCGGCACCAUAUACGCCCCAGUCACCGUCAAGAUGGGCCAAAGAGAACCACCUACAGUCGUGCUCAAAAGAGGCGACGGCGACCCAGCCAGAUCCUUGCGCAACGACCAUCUCAUGCAUCGAACCCUCCUAUCAGCAUCAGCCGAAGACCACUUCCAGAAGCCAAGAUUUGCAAUCCCUAGAUGCUACGAAUUCAUCGACGCCAAGAUGGCGAAGAGUCAAGGACUGCCUGGCCGAAUACUGGCACUGUUCCCUGAACCUUACGACACUCUGAUAACAGGAAAAAUCCCUUCUCUACCCCAGCCCGCGCAGGAAUGUCUUACCGAGCAAUAUUGCCCUGAAUCAAAGAAAUCAGCCAUCAAACCAACCGAUCCAAAUUGGCUUGUCCGGCCGUACCUGGGCCGUCGCCGAGAAAGACCCUCUGCCUUCUUCAGGUUGCGCAACUUUGGAUUGUGUGCAGAUCAGAUGGAAGAGCUCGGGGUUGAUAUGGAUGGCUACACCCAGGGGUUAGCAGAAAGCCUAGCAUUCCUACACUGGGCGGCGGAAAUCGACGCAGAGGACGUUGAGUUUGUCCUCGCACCUCGGAGAACCUCCCCUGAUGACACCACAAAGUCUUUCCACUCAGCAUCGUUAGGUGACCACGCUCUUUGGAUCCUAGACUUCGAUGGAUGCCACAGGAUGACGAUGGACGGAGAUGGGAUCGAGUAG